AUGGUUGGUGCAUGGGAAAGAGAUGGCAGGCGUCUCCGCCGCGUGGGCUCGCUCAGUUCCUCGCACCUUUUCUUCCGGAGCGAUGAUCGACGCUCAGAAUCUGACCCAGUUUCUGUCCCCUACUGGCUGCACAGGCAAAAAGCUUUGGGAUUUCCAGAAGGUGCUUGCACAAUAGCCGAUACCAGGUCAGGGCUGAGCUAUCCAGCAGCUUUUGGUUAUCACUGGAACCACAUAGCUCAAGGUAAAGACCAACAAGAAGCCCUCAGCAGAGAGCAAGGCUUCCCAGUUUGUAGGGUGAUUUACAUUCAGGAGCUCCAUCAGCUGUACCUGUUUGAAAACCUGGGAGAACCUCUGGCCCUUGAGGUGCCUGCGGCAUUAAGAGCAUCCUGGCUGGGAGACCGAUUAAAUGUGCUACCUCCCAGCGCCUGCCUUUUUGAUGUUACAAAACUCAAAGUGCCGCAGACAAGAGCGCUAGUGUUUGUUAAAAUCCUCCUCUUCUAUGUGAUCUUCUACGGUUGCCUGGCAGGUAUCUUCAUUGGGACCAUCCAAGUGAUGUUGCUUACUGUCAGUGACUUUGAACCCAAAUACCAGGAUCGAGUGGCGCCUCCAGGACUGACGCAAGUUCCCCAGGUACAAAAGACUGAAAUUUCCUUUGUCGUCGCUGAUGCCAAGAGCUAUGACCCAUAUGUGAGGAACCUUGAGAGGUUUUUGGAGGACUACAGCGCUGAGCAACAGACUGACAACAUAGUCUUUCAGGACUGCGGGGAGAUACCUGCUGACUACAAAGACAGAGGACCAUACAACGAUAUCCAAGGCCAGAAGAAGGUCUGCAAGUUCAGGCGUGAAUGGCUGGAAAACUGCUCUGGGAUAAAUGACCCAACCUUUGGCUACAAGGAUGGCAAACCCUGCAUUCUAGUCAAGCUUAACAGAAUUAUUGGCUUCAAACCUAAGGCUCCGGCAAACGAGACUCUCCCUGCAGAGGUGGCAGCGAAGUUCAACCCCUACCUCAUCCCUGUGCACUGCAGCCCCAAGAGAGAAGAAGACACAGACAACGUGGGCACGGUGGAGUACUAUGGCAUGGGUGGCUACGCCGGCUUCGCCCUGCAGUACUACCCCUACUAUGGGAAGCUGCUGCAGCCGCGCUACCUGCAGCCGCUCGUGGCCGUGCAGUUCACCAACCUGACCUACGACAUGGAGGUGCGCGUGGAGUGCAAGGCCUACGGGCAGAACAUCCAGUACAGUGACAAAGACCGCUUCCAGGGACGCUUUGAUAUUAAAUUCGACAUCAAAAGCAGCUGAUUGUAAGCACAACCCUUUACCCCCCCGCCCCCGACCCCUACCCCCUAGCCCUUUAAAAAGGUUUAAAAGAACAAAGAAGUAAACCUACUAGUCUUGAACAAACUGUCAUACGUAUGGGACCUACACGUAAUCUAUAUGCUUUACACUAGCUUUCUGCAUUUACUAGGUUAGAAUGUAAACAAAGUGUAGCAAUAGCGACAAAUAUUUAUUCUACUGUAAAUGACAAAAACAAAAUUGAGCCUUGGGACAUGCCCAUUUUUACUGUAAAUUAUGAUUCCAUAACUGACUUGUAGUAAGCAGUGUUUCUGGCCCCUAAGUAUUGCUGCCUUGUGUAUUUUAUUUAGUGUACAGUACUAUAGGUGCAUACUCUGGUCAUUUUUCAAGCCAUGUAAUGUAUCUGUUUUCUACUUCUUGUGAGCAAAGACUUCUGCUGUCCAAGGUGUAAAUACUCAAUGGGACUAGAACUGGCAUGUUACUUUUAAUUAAUUUUUUUUUUUUUUUUGCAUUUUAAAAGAAAGGCCCACCCGUGAGACUCUAUUUAUAAACAGCACUCCAUAAGGCUUCUGACUUUUCUGUGGUGUUAGGGUAUUUUAUUUGGAGGGGCGGCAGGGGAAACUAACUUAAGUGACGCUGAAGAAACUAGCUGAUUGUGUACCGUGCUCGUAGCGAAUGCUGUCUCGCUCUUUCCCCCCUUCCCCUCAUCCUCCAGUAUGUUGCGUGAGAGACCUGGGUCAGACUAUCACUCUGCUCAGUGAUAGCCAUAACUCUUUGCUUUGUAUAUUUUCUUUCUUUUUUCCUGCUGGAGGCAUCGCACACUGUGGUGCUAAUGUCUUUUUUGAAUGUUUUAACCAUUUUCAUGGUGGAAGAAUUUUAUAUUUAUGCAGUUGUACAAUUUUAUUUUUUCUGCAAGAAAGUGUAAUGUAUGAAAUAAACCAAAGUCACAUGUUUGAAAAUAAAUCUUUUAUUUUAAACUUUAUAAAAGCAAUGCAGACCCCAUAAACUGAUGUUAAAUGUUGUCUAAAGUGCAAAACUCUAUGUUCUAACAUGUAAUAAAAUAGCCAGGAGUACAGUGCUCUUGUUUAUCUUGUAUUUCAGUCAGGUUGAAACAUUGGACAAAUAAAAAUGAAUGAACACACA